AUGGAGCCACAGUACGAUGUCGUCGUUGUCGGGCUCGGCGCCAUGGGUGCCGCAACCACAUACCAACUCGCAAAGCGGGGAGUCAAAGUCCUUGGUAUCGACCGCUUCGCCCCUCCCCACGACCAAGGCUCCAGUCACGGCGCCACGCGCAUAACGCGAUUGUCGGUAGGCGAAGGCCCAGCAUAUGUCCCGCUCGUGACCAACUCGCACCGUAUCUGGCGCGAGCUGGAGCGCGAACUCGGCGUCGCUCUCUUCGAGCAAUGUGGCGUGCUGGUUAUGACUUCUACGGAAGACAACUUGGGUGGGGCCGACUUCACGAAGAACACCAUUGAGAUUGCUAAGAGCUAUGGGAUUGCGCAUGAGGUGUUGAAUGCGAGGGAGAUAAGAGAGCGGUUUCCUCAAUUUGGACCUAUUCGGGACGACGCGCUGGGCUAUCUUGAACCCAGCGGCGGUUAUGUGAGACCAGAGCUAUGCAUUGAUGCUCAGUUGACGAUGGCUAAGCGGUUGGGCGCUGAGUUGAAGCUGGGUACAGUGGUCACCGGCAUCAGUUCUCAAGACGGCAAGGUCCUUGUCUCGACCAACAAUGGGACAAUCCUCGCCAACAGGGCCAUCGUCAGCGCAGGAAUGUGGACCUCUGAGUUGUUAGGCGACCCUUUCGAGAGUCUACUCAACGUAUAUCGACAAAAGCUCUACUGGUUCAAGAUCGCCGAGCCCUCGAAGUUUGCCUCCAAUUCACCAAGCUUUAUCAUAAUUCAUGGCCACACCUUAGAGGAAGCGAGCUACGGCUUCCCACCGAUCCCAGGCGAAGGAACGAUGAAGAUUGCCACGCAUCAGCACAGCACGACGACCUCGCCUUCCUCCCUGGACCGCCAUAUCUCCCCCGCAGAGUGCGACACCAUGUAUCAGGCACAUGUUGCUGGGUACAUUGCGGGGCUCAGUCCUGAGGUGGUGGAUUCGAAGGUCUGCACUUAUACUAUCACGCCCGAUGGUGGGUUCAUUAUCGACCAGCACCCGACGCUUAGUGGAGUCACUGUUGUCAGUGCGUGCUCAGGUCAUGGGUUUAAACACUCUGCUGGCAUUGGGGAAGCGUUGGCGCAGCUGCAUGUGGAGGGAUCGUGCGAUGUCGAUCUGACGGCUUUUUCAUUGCAGCGGUUUGCGACUCGAAGUCGGAUGUGA